AUGCUAAGCUUUUUGGGCCUUGGUCAAAGUGUUGAUAUUAAAAUAAACUUGGAAGAUGAGGAGCAUAGAAAAAAGGAAGAACUCAGGAAUGAAGAUGGCCAAAUCCACUCACUUCCCGUUUAUUAUGAUGGUGAAAACGUUUGUGGAUCUGUAAAUGUUAUUUUAAAAAGAGGUGGAAAACUAGAACAUCAAGGAAUAAAAAUCGAAUUUAUUGGCCAAAUUGAAUUGUAUACAGAUCGUGGAAACCGCGAAGAGUUUAUUGCUCUUUGUCAAGAUUUAGCACGUCCUGGAAUACUUUCUCAUUCGACAAGUUAUCCAUUCGAGUUCCUACGCAUUGAAAAGCCUUACGAGUCAUACUGUGGAACGAAUGUCCGUUUAAGGUAUUUUUUACGAGUUACUAUUCAAAAAAGAAUUGCUGAUAUCACAAAAGAACUUGAACUCAUUGUACAUUCUACAAUGAGAUGUUCCGAAUCGAGUGACAGUAUCCAAAUGGAAGUUGGGAUAGAAGAUAGUUUACACAUUGAAUUCGAGUACAAUAAGUCAAAGUACCAUUUACAAGAUGUCAUUAUUGGUAAGAUAUACUUCCUACUGGUUAGAGUUAAAAUAAAAAACAUGGAGAUACAAAUAUUGAAGCGUGAAACCAUUGGUGCAGGACCUACUGCUUUUACGGAGACUGAAACUGUUGGAAAAUAUGAGAUAAUGGAUGGUGCACCAGUACGUGGCGAGUCGAUUCCCAUCAGACUAUUUCUACAUGUUUAUGGCUUGAGUCCCACUAUGCGUGAUGUUUAUCGCAAGUUUUCUGUGAGGUAUUUCCUGAACUUAGUACUGUUGGAUGAAGAGGAUCGGCGAUAUUACAAGCAGCAAGAAAUUAUAUUGUACAGAAAAUCCGAUCGCCGACUCAAGAAUUAUGUGCAACAGAUUACAGACAAAGGACUUGAAACUAAUGGAAAUGGGGUCAAAGAGAAAGGAGAAGCUUAUGCUGAUAACAAAAUGUAUGAACAAACAGAUCUUGAAGCUCCUGCAAAGGGUCUGCAAUCAAACAGUGUAUGUUCCGACCUCUCGACGGGUGAACAUGAAGAUGAUAAUGCAGAUUGUUCUAAGUUAUUCAAUAAUCCUGCUUCUACUGCCAGCGAAUGUGAGAUAAAUAAACUUGGUGAUGACGAGGAGGACAAUGAUAGUUGUGAUUCUUUUUCUCCCCAUACACGUGCAGCCAGAAGUAUGCACCGUUAUGAACCUAAGCAGGUUCAUAAGCACACAGAAUCGUCAACUGUUGGUGACCUUCCAAACAAAUCAUCUGUGACUGUUUCUAGUGUAUCAGUUACGCAAAAUUCUAUGUAGGAAGAUAUUUUGUACUUAACAUGUUUAUUACAUGUUAAAUUUUGCUUGCUAAAGUCAAUCCUAGUCAAAAUUAUUCCGGUAGACUUUUAAAAAAUCAUAAAAAUACUGUGAUACGCUAGAUGUUAAUUAAUCAUUUGCAUUUCUGUUGUUGAAUCAAAGUUGAAUGA